AUGAAAACUGGAUUAUUUUCUAAUAAAUAUAUUCAAUCUCAUUUAAAUCUUAUUAUUGAAUUAUUUCAACAAUUAGUUCAUGAUAAUCUUGAAGAAAUUACAAUCACUAAUCUAGAUUUCAAUGAAACCAAUACAACAACAACAACAAUAAUGGAUACUGAUAAUCAUGAUCCACAUCAGCAUAGUAACACGAUCACUGGUUGGUAUCAACCUCAAUCGAAAUUAUUAGAACCACGUUGGAAAUAUUUAGAAUUACAUGAUGAACCAAAACGUGAAUAUCAUUCAUUGAUUACACAAUCUGGUUUAAAACAAUCAUAUUUAUUAGUAUGUUGUGGUUUAUCUUUAUUUAUUGGUUUAAUACGUUAUCAAUGGUUAAAACAAGAUCAAUUAAAUCAUUUACAAUUAUUAAAUCAAUUUCUACCAUCGAUUAUUACAUGUCUUCAAUCGAAAUAUAUUCAAGUUUUAAAUAUUACUAUUAAAUCUUUAUUAGUCAAUCAUCAAUCUAAUUAUCCAUUAUCUAAAUUACAAUUAUUAACCUUAUUAAAUAUUGUUGAUAUUGAAUUAAAUCAUAAUCAAAAUGAAUCAAUGAAUUCAUCAUUAACAUUAUUCAAUGCAAUAUUAAAACGUCGUUUACGUGAUCCAAUCAUUCAAACUAAUCAAAAUGAUUUUUUCAAUUUUAUAAAAGAUCCUCAAUUAUUAAUUAAUAAUGAAGGAUUAAUUAUUGCUAAAUUAUCUGAUCAUAAUUAUGAUCUAAAACUGGUAGUGGUGGUGGACAACGUUUAUUAA